CUUUUUUUUUGUCUUUUUAAAAGGGGGGGCAGCCAAGAAGAAACACAACUCUUCUGAGAGAUUGUUCACUGCUCAUUUAGUUAUUAACCUUGAACAACAACAAUGUCGGGAGGGAUUGCUCGUGGUCGUCUUGCUGAGGAGCGCAAAGCUUGGAGAAAGAAUCAUCCCCAUGGUUUUGUUGCUAAGCCGGAGACACUUCCAGAUGGGUCAGUGAACUUGAUGAUUUGGCACUGCACUAUCCCUGGUAAAGCUGAGACUGAUUGGGAAGGUGGUUGUUAUCCACUCACAAUUCACUUCAGUGAAGAUUAUCCGAGUAAACCGCCAAAGUGUAAAUUCCCACCAGGCUUUUUCCAUCCCAAUGUCUAUCCAUCUGGAACAGUUUGCUUGUCGAUCCUCAAUGAAGAUAGUGGGUGGAGACCAGCCAUCACUGUGAAACAGAUACUGGUUGGUAUCCAGGACUUGUUAGAUCAGCCAAACCCUGCUGAUCCUGCCCAAACUGAAGGGUAUCAUAUGUUUAUUCAGGAUGUUCUGGAGUACCGAAAGAGGGUGCGCCUGCAGUCUAAGCAGUAUCCACCUCUUGUUUAAAGAAUGUUUGUCUAAUGUUGUGGUGGCUCUAUAAUGUACGUCUAUGUUUGCUGUCAAUAGAGGACAAGGAAUCUGCCAGCUAGUGAUUCUGAUUGGUAUUUGUUUAAGUGGAGAAGUAAAUAUUUAUAACUACAGGAUUUUUAUCUCUGAUAGACUAUAUCUGUAGAACAAGCACAGCUGCAAAUUGUUAUCUAAAUGCGUUGAAAGUUA